AACCGCUUCCAGCAAAUAAUUCCACUAGCGGUUUUGUGGUCUUCAGUCACAUGAAACCCAAAACCACUUUUCCAGCUCAAUUCUCUCUGAGUUGGGUCAAGAACAGGGGAAAUUCUUUUUCCACUGCAAUGAAGAGCUCAUCAUCCUCAAAACAAAAAGACCAAGGGAUUGUCGAAACGGAAGGGAAGGAUGAGGUGCUGGAGAGGGGAGGAGGAGAGGGUCAGAUUAAAGGGUCGGAGGCAGGCUCGACAAGCAGGCAAAUUAAGUUCUCGAAGAGACGGAAUUCAUUGCUCCGGAAAGCUGAGGAAAUUGCCACCCUAUGUGAUUCCGAAGUCGGCCUAAUCAUCUUCGCCUGCACUGGCCAACUCUAUGAGUACUCCAGCACCAGCAUGAAGGAAAUCAUCGAACGCUACAAUAAUCAAAAGGGUGAAAGCCAUGAAGCACUCGAAACCAAUGCUCCCAGUGAUAUUAAAGUUUUGCAAGAUGAAGUGGCGAGCUUGAAACUGCAGAUUCAAGAUCUGCAAGACAGAAACAGACGACUGAUGGGAGAAACUUCUGACAUGGGCAUCAAAGAUUUGGAGAUCUUGGAGAACCAACUGGAAUUGCAUUUAUCAGCCGUGCGUCUUCAGAAGGACCAACAUAGAAGCGGUUACAUUAAGGAGCUGCACCUGAAGAGGAACCGAGUUCAUCAAGAAAAUAUAGAGCUCAAAGAGAAGAUGGACCUGAUUGGCAAAGGAAACAAGGAAUACUUGAAUGACGAGUUUUACAAAGAAAGGAAUUCAUUAGGUGGAGCUGAUGUUUGCCAAAGUUCUCAUGAACAUACUGAUGGUAGAUACUUCCCAAGUGUACCAAUACAAUACGUCUACCAAGUGCCGCCUCCUCUGCCUAAUCGAGACGAUGAUGACCAAACUCCAGUGACAACAGAACUGGGGUUGGGAUUGCCUUAGGUUGGCAACUCGAUAACUAAGGGAGAAUGACUAACCAAGAUCUCCCUUUCUGUGAUGAGCAGGAAUUGCUCAUCAGUGGCGUGGCAAGCAAGUCAUUGAAAAUCUUGCUUUCUUAUGCAUUACAGUGUUGGAUAUUCCUUGACUUAGCUUAUGCAAUUUCCGCUUAUAUGUGCCUCGAAGCUGGUUCAUAAUGACCGUACGAUCUUCCAAUUUCUAAUGAUGCAUGUAUUACCAAUGCCCGACUUGUUAACAUAUGGAACUCCGUUAAAUAAAUUGAUAACGUAGGGAAAAUGCCAGCCUGCAA